CACAGUAUUAUUUUUGGGUGCCGCCCAAUAUCCCGACUUCCCCAAAAUCACGACGCUACCGACAUACCUAAAAACUCUUAAUUACGCCGAGGUAGAUGUUAAUCAAACUACUACCAAUUACGAAAUUAUUUAG